UCUGUAGAUGACGGUCAGAUUCGUGCCCAGACAUCGUGAUGGCUCCAUGCUAUUUCAUUUUCUUCUCAGAAAGGAAUCAUCCAUAUCCGCACUAUUCUUCAGAUAGGAGUUUCCUAGAGGUUAAAAGUAAGACUCGUUGGCAACUUGACUUUCAUCGCUUCAACGACCUUCUACCAAACAACCAUGUCCACAUCAGCAGCUGUCUCGCAGUCCGCGAAUAUGUCCGACCUUCUGCCCACCCACUUCGUCGGGACCACCAUGAACGCAGUGCAAAACGAUGAGGGGAAAUUCCGCGUCUACUUCCAAAACAAAGACUACCAGAUCUACGAAAUGUCGUUGAACGACCCGAAGAGCACGGUCUACACCCUUCUCAAACUCACGAACAGCAACAUACCUGCUGCUCGUAUCAACACGCCCAUCGCAGCUGUGGCGAGUAACGACUUAGAAGAGAUCCACGUUUUUUACAUCACUGUGAACAGCCUUGUGCAGGAGAUUUGUCACUCCAAGCCUCAUGGUUGGCAAAAAGGCGCGACCAUUGGCAUCGCUGUUGAGAACAGCACCUGUUUGUAUGCGCAAGACCGAUCUAGCCACGAUACCAGUGCCAGUCACCAUGAGGCCAUGCUCAGAGUCGGAUUUCAGUCUGUGGUUGCUCCCCAGACUAUCACAGAAGCUUAUCGUCUGAAAGACGAGUGGAAGACGCGUGUACUCUAAACUUGGA